GAAUACGGUUUGAAAAUCAUUAGAAGGCAUUUGAAGUGUGCAAAACACGAAUAAAACAAUUUAGAAAUUACAAAUUAAAACUUAGAAAACGUAAAACUAAAUUGGUCAAUAUUAUUUUACCUAAUGUGUAAUACAGGAAUUUGAAUAAUCAACUAGUGAAAAUGUUAAAAAUUUGGAACUUCGCUUCUUCACAAAUCAGAUUUAAACAUACGAAAGUUCAUUGGUCAAAACUUCAGAAAAAAGUUACAGCCACCAAAAGAGCACUAGAUCAUUUUGACGAUUUUUAUAGCACAGUUUUCGGCAAUAGAUGGAAAAGUAUUCGGGUCGCAUUAUUAUCCCAACACAAAUAUGUUGCAUUAGUUAAUAUAUUUGGAGACUCAGAAAAUACGUGCAAAGCACUUGAAUUGCAAGGUGCAAUUAAUGUGAGAUCGCUCUUUAAUCUUGCACAAGAAAGAUUAAAAAAUAAUAUAAAUGAAGAUGUAAAAAAUCAAAUUAAUUUAGAUAAUACACUAGCAGCCAUAAUAAAGAAGCAAGAAUCAAAGGAAAUCGAAUCAAUGUACCCAGAAGAUGCCCAUGUUAAUUUACCAGAAAAAAUUUUUUAUAAAAGAGAUGAUAUAAAAGAGGCAAGUUACAGUACUAAGGAUGAGGCCAUACUUGAGGACAUAACAGAAUUUAAAAAACCGUUGGAGCAAAAAAUUGAGGAAAACUAUCAAAUUGAUGAAAGUCGUGUAAUUGAUUUUACACAAGGAUCUGCUGGUCUUCAUAAUUUUAUUCCAGCUACGCAAAUAAAAGGAAUGGAGAAUUGGGUUUUGGAAUCUGACCACUAUAAAUAUUAUUCAACCAAUUCAGAUUUUCCUUUAGAAAUACAAAUGGAAAAUGAGAUUAAUUUUCCAGAAACGUUAUCUUUAUAUACGUACGAGAAAGGAAAUUGUUCCACUUUUAUACCACCUUAUAAUUGUGAAACUGGAGUUUUAUCACAUUUUUUAAUGGAUGGUUCUUCGAUUUUACCACCACUAGUUUUGGACAUAAAGCAUGGAGAUAAAGUUUUAGACGCAUGUGCCGCACCAGGAGGCAAGUCUUUAUUAAUGUUGCAGACACUUUAUCCAGAAGUUUUAGUUUGCAACGAUGUUCAAAAGUCUCGAGUCGGUAGAAUAUAUGAAGUGAUGAACCAAUAUAUUUUUGAUUUUGAAGAAAAAUGGAUAAAUCAAAACCGAUGUAUAAUUCAAAAUUAUAACGCUUUAGCGUUAGACGAAUACGAGAAAUACGAUAAAGUUUUAGUAGAUGUGCCUUGUACAACAGAUCGCCAUAGCUUGGCGGAAGAUGAUAAUAAUAUAUUUAAACCCGGAAGAAUUAAAGAACGUCUUAAAAUACCGGAACUACAGUCAAGAAUUCUUGCCAAUUGUUUAAGACUUGUCAAACCCGGAGGUAGUUUGGUAUACUCCACAUGUAGUUUGAGUCCAGUUCAAAAUGAUGGGGUUGUACAUAUGGCUUUACAAAAUUUAUUUGUCGAACAUGGGCUUACCUUUAUCGUAAAAGAUUUAAGUUUGGUUGUAAAAUGUUUUCAGGAUAUUUUUAAAUUUGAAAAUUCUAAAAAUUUGAAAUACGGACAACUUGUUCUACCUUAUUUGCCAGCUAAUUUUGGACCAAUGUAUUUUUGUAAAAUGACAAGAAUUUAAAUGAUAAAAAUAAACACAUAAAUACAAGCGAUUCUUAUGA